AUGCAUCAUCUCAUUCAUCCCUUAUCUCUUCUUCUAGCCAUCCUCCCAGUCCGAGCUUAUGAAGUUGCCCAGUGCUACUGGGCCAAAGGUCAGACACUUCCGCAGAUCACCGGCUUGCCGAACAGCUACAUUCCUUGCGGCGAGAUCGAGGAUGGUGUUCAGCCAUGCUGUCGAGUUGGUCACAACUGCUUAGAAGCCGGUGCUUGUUAUGCUCCUGACGCUGGAAUGGUGUACACGGCUGGUUGUACGGACCGUGAUUACGCCUCGUCAUCCUGCCCGUCAAAAUGUGGAAUCUCUGCCUUCUGGGUCGGCCAUAGCUACUGCAAUGGAACCUCCAACAACUGGUCUUGCUGCGAGAACCAGUAUGGCAAUACUCGCAAUCAACAGUUCUUCCCGUACAACAAUAGGCAACAAUGCUGGUGUCCUGAAGAGAACGCAAUGAUCGGUUUCAACGCCCCCGAAAAAAUCCCAGAUGUCGCAUAUCUAGAUCUCGAGCAACCGGGCAGCAUAUCCUAUUUCCCUGGGCACACACCAAGCGCGGCAUUGGGCGGUUCUUCUACCACUGACUCACCAGCCAGCACCACUUCGGAUACGGAUUCUUCUACCACCUUCACAACUAGUACAGCGCGGACAAGUGAGUCCUCGUCAAGCUCUUCUAGCAACACGAACACAAACUCUCCUGCUUCGAAUACAGCAUCUCCAUCCAAUGGCAGCUCAGCAUCCCAUUCUGCCGCCCCAGACUCCACAAUGUCUCCUUCAACCUCCGCCCCGCUCGAUCCUUCUUCCGACCCCGGCCUUCCCACUGGCACCAAAAUAGGCAUCGGUGUCGGUGCCGGCGCCGGUGCCGUCAUCCUGGCCUCCCUCCUGUAUCUCCUCCUCAGCUUCCUUCGGAAACGUCGCAAAUCCCCACCCCCACCAAUCGAAGACCAGAUCCGCCCCAAAUCCAUCGGCAGCAGCUACGCCGGCAUGAUGUCCGAAGCGCAGAACCCUCAAAGCCCAAACAGCGACGCCAAAAGCCCAGCCUGGUCGGGUCAUAGAUCGGAACUGCCAGCCGACGAGCCUGCGGUUGCUGCUUCACCCACCAUCGGCUCGACGACGUCGUCGUCGAUGCCCAGUCAUCCGCUGGUGGUGGCGGAGGUGGAGGCAACACCACCACGGCAGAGCGUGCAAUCGGGGUCGCAGAUGGCCCGCGGGAGCGGCACGUCGCAGCCGGGGUACGGUGCGGAUGGGAUCAAGCGCUACAUACCGUACAAUCCGGCGCGUGGGAGGAGUGUGCAGGAUAUUGCUGAACUGCCGGGUUAG